AUGAACCUGGGGAGCCUAGCGGACCAGGAGAAAGCUUUGUUGACGUCUUCUACGUUAUAUGUAUGGUACCUAUCGUACUACACCACAGAGAAACAGAUGUUUGGGAAAUGUGGCGACAUCAAGCGAAUCAUCAUGGGGCUGGAUAAGGUGAAGAAAACGCCCUGUGGAUUCUGUUUUGUGGAAUACUAUACACGAGAGGACGCGGAGAAUGCUAUGAGGUACAUCAACGGAACGGGACUGAAUGAUCGGAUCAUUCGAACGGACUGGGACCACGGCUUUAAGGAGGGAUGGCAAUACGGGAGUGGGAAAAGUGGGGGACAGGUCCGAGAUGAAUACAGAACAGAUUAUGACGAAGGAAGGGGAGGAUAUGGAAAAAUAGUGGUUUCAAAGAUCAACCAAUCACGUGACCCCAUGUGAUAAUGUGAUCCCAACCUGUGAGGCAGUGUUUAUAUGUGUUUAUCAGACU